CACACACACACACACCUCAGGCAUGUCUUCCUGUGACCUGGAUGUGAGUCAGACACCGGAGGUCCGCGCGCCGCACCGGGACGCGCAGAGAGACGCCGAGGACGCGGGUGAUUUGGAAUAUUUUGCGCGCGCCGCCGAUUCCUCUCCUUCAUCAUCAUCAUCAUCCUCAUCUUCCUCCUCAUCCUCAUCUUCCUCCUCGUCUCCGUCUCCGUUAUGCUUCUCCGCCGAGCAGGUGGCGUGUGUGUGCGAGGCGCUGCAGCAGGCGGGACGGGUGGACCGUCUGGCCCGGUUCCUGCGCGCGCUCGGCGGCGGCGGCGGCGGCGGCUCACAGGGCGGCGGGGAGAGUGUCCUGCGCGCGCGCGCCCUGGUCGCCUUCCACCAGGCGCGCUACGGCGAGCUGUACGGCAUCCUGCAGGGCCACAGCUUCAGUCCCGCGUGCCACGCCGCGCUGCAGGAGCUCUGGUACAAGGCGCGCUACACGGAGGCGGAGAGGGCGCGCGGACGGCCGCUCGGCGCCGUGGACAAGUACCGCGUGCGCCGGAAGUUCCCGCUGCCGCGCACCAUCUGGGACGGAGAGGAGACCGUGUACUGCUUCAAAGCGCGCUCACGGAACGCGCUGCGGGACGCGUACGCACGCAACAGAUACCCGUCACCGGCGGACAAGCGGAGUCUGGCCAAAGUAACGGGGCUGUCACUCACUCAGGUCAGCAACUGGUUCAAAAACCGGCGGCAGAGAGACCGGAACCCGUCCAAAAGUGAAUCAGAUGGGAACCACAGUACCGAAGACGAGAGCAGUAAAGGACGCGAGGAUUUGUCUCCAUGUCCUAUGUUGGGCUCUGCCGACCGGACGACAUCAAGCGUGUCUCUUCCGUCCCCAGCCUCAGAACACCAUCAGACGGAAGACGAUAAAAGCUUUGUGUUUAACGUGUCCUUCCUUCCUUCCUCCCCCAGGUUCCUCUCCUCCACAGGGACCCAGUCGUACGGCGCUCAGGCUCUGACCCUCCAGCCUCCCGAGACCAGCGCUGCUGCAGACGGAGAGAGAGUGAACGAUAAAGACAGAUCGGAAGCCAUCAGUUCUCCGGAUGGAGACAGAGUGUGUGAGAGGAGGAUGGACAGAUUAGGCAGAGGAGGGGAUGGCAUGGUAGCGAUCUCUUUCUUCAGAGACGCAGAAGCGGAGGUGAACAGCACCGAGUCUGGUUCGGGCUCACAGUACAAUCACGCGGAGAAGAUCCAGCUGGCGAGUUACGCUCUGGAAGAUGAAGCGACAGCAGAAGGAGGGAGUGAAGAAACGUCACUGAUGGAAGACUCGUUAACCCUUCCUCAUCUGCAGCUGCCUUCAUCUUCCUCUCCUGCUGCAGCAACACAAGCGCUGGUUAGCGUUAGCAGUGUAGCAGUGGAGCGGGAGCGCGGCAGUUCGUCUCUCUUCACCCUGUCCGACUCUUCAGCGCUCUGUCCGGUCAAGCAGGAGUGUGAGGAUUUCUCCUCCAUACGGAACACACACCCGGGCUUCUCACACACUCCGCUACGUCCUCCACACACCCGGGUGGAACUGAUUCACCCUCAGCUGACCUCUGACCUCAGUGAGGACUUCCUGAGUGCUGCGGCCGACAUGUAGAGAGACAGAGACAAGCUGAAGUUUGGGUUGUGUGUUAAUUUAUCUUUAUUAUAAUUAAAGCUUAUUCUACACUGAGUGUAUUCAGUGUGUGUGUGUGUGUGUGUGUGUGUGUGUGUGUGAGAGAGAGAGAGAGAGAGAGAAUGUAUUAGAUUUUAGAUAAGAAAAGGUCAAAACCAAAUUGCGGCAAUGAUGAACUUUACUUGACAGCAUGGACUUGACCUGAGCCACUCAGUCCCAUCGCUGUGUCCCCGUGUCCCCGCGUCCCUGCGUCCCUGCGCUCGGUGAUGUGAGAACAUUCCGCUGUCUCUGUCUCUCUGCAAACCUGAGCUUGAACAUGUACGGGUUACACAACGUUUAUAAAAUAGAAUAGAAUUUAUUUAAACGUACUCCCUCAGCCGGCGCUUCGUUCCAAAGUGAGCGACAGAGGCUGGGACUAAAGCUCAUAACCUUCUGAUGACACCCCAGUGACACUGCUGCACCCCCAACACACACACACACACACACACACACACACACACACACACACACACCUCUAGGAUGAGCAGACAGACUCUCUAAUUAAAACUUCAUGAACAGAUUAAAGGGAAAUUCCUCUUUUUUAUUUUAAAAUAAGCAUAAAUUAGUAAAUAAAAAUAUUUUUCUUUACUUGUAA